AGGACGAUGAUAGUACGCAUGGUGUCGACCGCCCAGACCGGUUUCUUCUAUACUACCACCCGUCUCCGUCAGGGCCCGCGACUCUCCGCCGUGAAGUAUGACCCUCAGGUCGGACAGCGCGUUUUGUUCAAGGAGAGCGGGAAAAAGUCUAAAAAGAGCUGA